GAUGAUAACUGUCAAAAAAGCAUUAAGUUACGUUACUAAAAUAUUCGCUAUGUAAGUCAAGUUAAUCCUUAAUAAAACUUUUUAUCGUAAUGAAUCACUAUUGGAACAUUCUACAAAAGUAAAUAAUUCAAAAAUCGCCUAAAUAAUAAACGUAUACAGAAUGGCAAACACCGGGGUGUUGCCCUUCGUUCGAGGGGUGGACUUUACAAAAAAUGAUUUCAGUGAGGAAAAGUUUCCUGAAGCAGUAAGUUUGAUGACGGGUGUACAAUGGUUGAAAUUGGAUCGAACAAAUUUAAGUGAGAUUCCGAAAGAAAUGGGAAAUCUGCUUAAAUUGGAACACUUGUCGUUAAUGCGGAAUAAUUUGGAGAAAUUGUAUGGGGAGUUGACUGAAUUGAAUUGUUUGCGUACUUUGAAUUUGAGGCAUAAUAAAGUUAAAAGUUCUGGUAUUCCUUCCGAAUUGUUUCAUUUGGAGGAAUUGAGCACGUUAGAUUUGAGCCAUAACAAUUUAAAAGAGGUGCCUGAAGGUUUAGAAAGAGCCAAGUCUUUAAUCGUAUUAAAUUUAAGUUAUAAUCAUAUUGACUCUAUUCCAAAUGCAUUAUUUAUAAAUUUAAUAGACUUAUUAUUUCUUGACUUGAGCAAUAAUACAUUAGAAACAUUACCACCACAAACAAGGAGGCUUGUAAAUUUACAGACUUUAAUUUUAAAUAAUAACCCAUUGGGUCAUUGCCAAUUAAGACAAUUACCAUCUUUAACAAACCUAAAUGUUUUACAAUUAAGAAACACACAAAGAUGUCUAAAUAAUUUUCCAGCAAACUUGGAAAACUUAGUUAAUCUAACUGAAAUUGACCUUGCUGAAAAUGAUUUACCUAAACUACCAGAAGCGCUCUAUUCAUUACCGAAUUUAAAAAGACUUAAUGCAAGUGAAAAUAAAAUCACUGAAAUAUCUUCGAUGAUGGAUUGCUGGCAAAAAUUAGAAACUUUAAAUUUGUCUCAUAAUAAUCUAACCAGCUUGCCUGCAUCUUUAUGCAAAAUAUCGACACUAAGAAGAUUGUAUGUUAAUGAUAAUAAAAUGGAUUUUGAAGGUAUUCCAUCUGGAAUUGGUAAAUUGGGUCGUUUGGAAAUUUUUUCAGCUGCUAAUAAUCAAUUAGAGAUGAUUCCAGAAGGUUUAUGUCGUUGUGGAUCAUUAAAAAAGUUAAACUUAAGCAGUAAUAAACUGAUAACUCUCCCAGAUGCCAUUCAUUUACUAACUGAUUUGGAUUCAUUGGAUUUACGUGAUAAUCCUGAGUUAGUAAUGCCCCCAAAACCGCACGAAAUGAGCAAAGGUGCUGGUUUGGAAUUUUAUAAUAUCGAUUUUUCGCUACAAAAUCAACUUCGACAGGCCGGAGCUAACGUUCCAGCUCCACAACCAUCUCAAAAUACUAGUAAAGACCCUAUUGCAAGAAAAAUGAGGCUUAGGAGAGGUCGAAGAGAUCAUGAAGAGGCAGAUCAAGAUCAAGCAAAAAUUUUAAAGGGAAUGAAAGACAUUGCUAAAGAAAAAAAUCGAACGAAAGCUGAAGAGGAACUAAAAGCAGAAUCACUUAAACCAAAAAGAUGGGAUGAAACAUUGGAAAAACCGCCAUUAGAUUACUCGGAAUUUUUUGAUGAAGAAGCUGGUCAAACGGAAGGCUUAACCAUUUGGGAAAUUGAAAAUUUCCUGCCAAAUAGAAUCGAAGAGGUAGCCCAUGGUAAAUUUUAUGAGGGCGACUGUUAUAUUGUGCUAAAAACUUUUUGUGAUGAAACUGGAUCACAUAAUUGGGAAAUUUAUUUUUGGAUUGGUGAAAAAGCAUCUUUGGAUAAACGUGCUUGUUCAGCAAUACACGCAGUAAAUUUGCGCAAUUAUCUUGGUGCUCAAUGUAGAACAAUAAGAGAAGAACAACGUGACGAAUCAGAAGAAUUUUUAGCAUUAUUUGAAGGAAAAAUAACUUACAUUGAGGGUGGAAGAACAAGUAGUGGAUUUUAUACAGUUGAAGAUAUGUUGUACGAAACCCGUUUUUAUAGAGUUCACGCCGCCGGUGCAUCAAUUCAUUUAGAGCCUGUUGCCAUUGGUGUGGAAUCGUUAGAUCCACGAUACGUUUUCGUUUUAGAUACGGGUUUGAAAAUUUUUAUAUGGAAUGGGAAAAAAUCGAAAAAUACAUUAAAAUCGAAAGCGAGGUUGAUGUCUGAAAAAAUUAACAAAAAUGAAAGGAAAAAUAAAGCUGAGAUUUUCACGGAACAUAUGGGCCAGGAAAGUGAAGAUUUUUGGUAUUGUUUGGGAGUGCCAAAUGGGGAAAAACCAACUGAACCUUUAGAAGAACACGUUGACUCUGAAUUUAUCCCAGUUCCACCAAGACUGUAUCAAGUACAAUUAGGAAUGGGUUACUUAGAAUUACCUCAAGUUGAAGUACCACAUGGAAAAUUACAACAUACUUUACUGCACAGCAAAAAUGUUUAUAUUUUAGAUUGUUAUUCUGAUGUAUUUGUGUGGAUUGGUAAAAAAUCAACCAGAUUAGUUAAUGCAGCAGCCAUUAAAUUAUCAGAAGAAUUAUUUAACAUGAUUACCAGACCAGAAUACGCAACAGUGUUAAGAGUAAGAGAAGGAAAUGAAACACAAAUUUUUAAAUCGAAAUUUACUGGCUGGGAUGAAGUAAUAGCAGUAGAUUUUACACGAACAGCCGAAUCAGUACAAAAAACCGGAGCAGAUUUAACAAAAUGGGCUUCACAACAAGAAACAAAAGCCGAUUUAACAGCGUUAUUCAUGCCAAGACAACCUCCGAUGCCCCAAACUGAAGCACAACAAUUAAUGGAAGAUUGGAACGAAGAUUUAGAAGCUAUGGAAGUGUUCGUUUUGGAAGGAAAGAAAUUUGGUCGAUUGCCAGAAAAAGAAAUUGGCCAUUUUUAUUCAAUGGAUUGUUAUGUGUUUUUGUGUCGUUAUUGGAUUCCAGCUGAAGAUAACGAAAACGAGGAUGACAACGAGCCGCUAGAUGAAGAUUUUCAAUGGGUGGUAUAUUUUUGGCAAGGAAGGGAAGCUUCGAAUAUGGGAUGGUUAACGUUUACGUUUACUUUGCAAAAAAAAUUUAAAGCAUUGUUUCAAGAUAAAUUAGAAGUCGUUAGGACGCAUCAACAACAAGAAAAUAUGAAAUUUAUGGCACAUUUUAAACGAAAAUUUAUUAUUCAUCAAGGAAAACGGAAGCAAACGCAACAAGAUGCCGUUGAAUUUUAUCACUUACGAUCGAACGGAAGCGCUCUCUACACUAGAUUAGUACAAAUCAAGCCAGACGCUUCCGCUUUAAAUUCGGCGUUUUGUUAUAUUUUGAGUGUUCCCUUCGAACAAGAUGAAUCAGGAAUUGUUUAUGUUUGGAUUGGAUCCAAAGCCGAUCCAGACGAAGCGAGAUUAAUUCAAGAAAUUGCCGAUCAAAUGUUUAAUAAUCCAUGGGUUAGCUUACAAGUUUUAAACGAAGGAGAAGAACCCGAAAAUUUCUUUUGGUUGGGAUUAAGUGGAAAGAAACCAUACGAAAAUAACGCAGAUUUUAUGGAAUACACUAGAUUAUUUAGAUGUUCAAAUGAAAAAGGGUAUUUCGUUGUAUCUGAAAAAUGUUCAGAUUUUUGUCAAGAUGAUUUAGCUGAUGACGAUAUUAUGAUAUUGGAUAAUGGUGAACAAGUCUUCCUUUGGUUAGGUGCUAAAUGUAGUGAAGUUGAAAUUAAAUUAGCUUAUAAAUCAGCUCAGGUUUACAUUCAACAUAUGAGAGUUAAACAACCAAAUAAAUCAAGGAAAUUGUUCUUAACCUUAAAGAACAAAGAGUCUAAAAGAUUUACAAAGUGCUUCCAUGGAUGGGGUGCUCAUAAAAAACCUCCAGAAUAAAAUUUUCAAUCUUUAUAUAUUUUGAUAUAUUACUUCAUAUUAUUCAUUAAUUUGUGAUUUUUUUUUGCUUUAUCACAUUGUAUUGUUUUAGUACUUAUUGAAAUAUUUAUUAAAAUAACUACAUAAUUAAAAA